AUAAACUUAAACCCAGAAACUUUCCCGAGAAAAAUGAGCAAUUUGGGCAAAUCUCAAUCUUCUUCGGAAGAAGAGUGUCUUAGUUUCUCAAGAUCCUUGGUGCAGCUAGGGCAUUGGAUUACUCGGGUUGCUUCUGAAUCUUGGUACAAUUGAAUCUGUGGAUCGAAAAAUCAGAACUUGGUUAUUUAGCAAUCAGGUGUUGCACAAAUGCUUACUGGGUUCUGAUUUGAAGCUCUGACUAGUUGACCCGGAGGUGUUUGAAGUUGGUUUUUUUGGUAUAUUGCGUCUCCUUUUGAUUGAUUUCUAUAGACUUGUAUGAUAAGAAAAUGGCCUCAUCUGCAAAAGGCCCUGUGAAGAAGGGUCACCCUUCGAUUAAGCAUAGUUGGAACUUAGCUGAGGCUAAGAGGAAGUUGUCAAAGAUUAAUGAUCAUCAUGCACAUGUGGAGUAUGAACAUGCUUUCCAGAGGGACAAUAGCAAAAGAGGAGAGACCAAGUUGAGUCAAAUCCUGAGCAGAGAUUCGCUGAUAUCUGCUGUUGAUUUGAUGUGGGAUCGCUCGGUUUUUGUUUCUGGUGAUUUGAUUAGCUCACUGAAGGAAAGAAAUUUAGAUGAUGUAAAUAUCAGCGAGUUCAAAGUUUUGGCGGAUAGUGCUCAGUUGCCUGCUGAUCAGAAGGUUAUGUCUCAAUCGUCAACGACUACUCAGCCGAGGGUUAAACUUUUGAGAGUAGCUGAGAAGAUGUGCAUUUCUGAUCCAUCUAGUUUCUUUAGUCGGUUUAAUCAGAAAAGUGGAGCCAUGUCUACCAGUGGUUCUUGCAAAGAGUAUAGUUCUCCUCUCAAUGCUAGAUGGGAGAGAGAGAAAUUGUAUAGCUGUAGGCAAGUAGUUCCGACUUUUACUAGAUAUCAUAGAGGAGCGGCUGAGAUUGAGAAAAGAAAAGAUGAAGACUGUAUACCCAGCAGUGAAGCAGAAUGCGCAUCAAGAAAUGCCAAAAGUUGUGAUUCUAUCUUUGUUACUACUGGUGCAGAGGGACUCACAACUCUAGUUGAACCGAGGAGUUCUCUCAUAGCAAGCGUCGCAGAAUCAUUAGUAGACACCAGAACAUGCAGAUCUAAUGAUGUGAACUAUUUUCUCUUGCUUUACAAAGAUAGGUGUGCCAACAAAAAAAUAGUGAACAGAACAAGUUCAAAAUGUAGCACGGACGGCGAUACUGAGAUUUCUUCAUCAGGGAAUAACUCAGACAUCCACAGCUUAUCUAUAGUUGAAAACCAACAGUUACUUGAGAGAGAUAGAAAAGAUCAAGAGACUGAAGUUUGUUCGUCCUCUCCAGAAACACCUACUUACGCCUUUGCUAAACAACGGCAUGCUUUUGCUGGUGCGUUGGCAGGCAUAAGCGUUAGUCUUUGUCUUCAUCCACUUGAUACAGUUAAAACAAUGAUUCAGUCAUGCCGCUUGGAGGAGAAAUCACUAUGUUAUACUGGGAGAUCAAUCAUUUCAGAAAGAGGUGUUUCUGGACUUUAUCGGGGGAUUGCUAGCAACAUUGCCUCAUCAGCUCCUGUCUCUGCCCUUUAUACAUUCACUUAUGAGUCAGUUAAAGGAACUCUUCUUCCUCUUUUUCCUAAGGAAUAUUGUUCCCUUACCCACUGCGUAGCUGGUGGUUCUGCAAGCAUUGCAACUUCUUUUAUCUUCACGCCAAGUGAGCGUAUAAAACAGCAGAUGCAAGUCAGUUCACAUUAUCGCAAUUGCUGGACUGCAUUGGUCGGAAUCAUCCAAAAGGGUGGUCUGCUUUCUUUAUAUGCUGGCUGGACUGCAGUGCUAUGUAGAAAUAUCCCACACUCAAUCAUUAAGUUCUAUGUUUAUGAAAACAUGAAGCAGAUGGUAUUACCAUCCCUAGGUCCUCUUGGUCAAUCAGCUCAACCCACGACAUUACAAACGCUCAUAUGUGGAGGAUUAGCGGGAUCUGCUGCUGCUUUCUUUACAACCCCGUUUGAUGUAGUAAAAACAAGAUUACAAACUCAGAUUCCCGGAUCUAGGAACCAACAUCCUAGUGUCUAUCAAACUCUUCAAUCAAUACGCAAACAAGAAGGUCUGAGAGGGCUAUACAGAGGAUUGAUCCCCAGACUAGUGAUGUACAUGUCCCAAGGAGCUAUAUUCUUUGCUUCAUAUGAAUUUUACAAGAGUGUACUCUCUCUAGAAGCGGCACAGCCCAAUUCGUCAGCUCUCUCUGGUACAAAACCAAAGAUGGCCCUAAACCGUUAAAGAACAAGGACAAUUCACCCCUCAACGAAACCAUCAUGACUGCAACAUAUGUAAAACAAAGAAUGGAAAAAUGUACAAUUCUUUUUGUGUUACUUUUCUUUUUUGUAACUAUUGAUUUGAUUAAAUUCAUUUGUGCAAAGUCCUUUUUGACUGGAGAGGAAGAUCCAUUAUUCACUACAAGUUACAAAACUUUUUUGAAGGAUCAA